AAAUAAAAAACACUACUCAUUUCUACUAAACUCCAUAACUAUGGCAAAUCAAACCUCCAAACAAAUAUUCAAUACCCUAUUGUCCUUUUUCCUAUUCGUUUUACUCCUCUCUGAUACUGUCUCAUCGGUCCGAACAUUAAUCGACCUGAAAAAACCAUGCAAACAUUUUGUCCUCCAUCUCCAUAACAUUGCAUACGAUAGCGAUAACGCGGAUAAUGCCACAUCAGCAACAAUCGUAAACCCUUUAGGACUAGGGGACUUCAAUUUUGGAAAGUUUGUGAUCUUUGACAACCCUGUCACAAUGGACGAGAACUUCCUCUCGGAAGCAGUGGCUAGAGCUCAAGGCUUCUUCUUCUACAACAAGAUAACGACUUACAACACGUGGGUAGCUUGCACAUUAGUGUUCAACUCGACGCAACACAAAGGAACAUUGACCAUUAUGGAUGCGAAUCCGAUGAUGGAGCCGACCAGAGACCUAUCGAUCGUUGGUGGUACUGGUGACUUUAUCAUGACUCGUGGGGUUGUUACGUUCUCGACCGAUCUCAUUCAAGGAAAUAAGUAUUUCCGUCUCAAAAUGGAUAUUAAACUCUAUGAAUGUUACUGAUAUAUUUAUAUGCACGUUUUUGUUUUCUUCGUUUGGGUUUGAUGUUUGUUUGUGGUGUGGACAUUUUAAUAAUGAUGUUGCAUUCAACGUGAUGUUGCUUUUUUUCUUUUUGGCAACCGUGAUGUUGCUUAAAUAAGAUAUUUAAGUUUAUAAAAUA